CCGGUUUCCCCAAUUCAUCAAUUUCCAGCGCUGUUGGGACGUUUACUUGGAUGGACAUGGUCGGCAGUUCCGGGAUCUCCUCUGUCUCGAGUCCGCCGAUCUAACAGUCCAGCGUCCAUCGAAGAUGACUCGAUGUGAAGCUGCUCUACUCCGUGACCCUCGCGCCUGCACCGAGCCAUGUACUGGCCCUAUGGAGUCCCCCGGGUCUAUGCGAUCAAUGGCCCUGGAAUUCCAGUCCUCGCAUCCGACGACGAUGAAUCUCUGAACUACGACAGCUCCCUGGAACAGGAGGAGGCCCUUAAUAUCGAUAAUGCCCGCAGCAAAGCGGCCGUCACGGAGACGGCGUGGGCGGAUGAGCCUCUCACCGGCCUUUGCGUUUCCCGGAGUGGUUACAUGUUUGCGACGAUGACACGAUCAUCGAUCGCUCUCUGGCAGACAAGACCUACCGCCGUUGUUGCUGCCGUUGCUCGGUCCGCCUCGUCGCUGGAGAACUAUGGCCCUAAUGUGGCCCUAUUGAUGCAUCCCGACUCAAAUAUACUUGUUGUGCAGACAUUCAAUGGAUAUCUUCUUACCUAUACAAUCGCUGUCAGCCCUAAUAGCCGUGUAUAUCAGCAAUAUUUCGAACAGUCUACUUCGACCCGCCGCCAGACGCUCGCACGCUUGGCCGCAGAAGAGGAAGCCACUGGAAUUCGAGAUGUCAGUGUUUUAUUCCGGAUGGCAAUCAAGAUAGAAUCAGGGAUUGCGAAAGCUCUUGCACUCGACAAUGAGCUCGUUGUCGCGACUGUCAAGCCUGCGGCGAUUCAAUGCAUUCGUUGGAACCCGGAUGCGGACGGCUCGCAGACCAAGUCGGAGCUUCUUAGCCGGAUCCUGGGGAUCUCAAAGCGCACUUCAAUCACAGAUAUGGUGUAUGAUCGUGCUAUCAACCUGUUAAUCUGGGUCACCAGCGAAGGGCAAGCGUACGCUGUACAACGAGUUGCGGAGGACUCGGAGGACUCCAAAAAGCUGUUUCAUGGCCAUUGCUUUCAUGAUCCCAAGGAUGAUGGCGAGAAAGCCGUCAAGGUUGUCGUCAAUGCACGAUUUUCUCUCCUUACGGUGAGCUGCGCCAACGGAGAGAUCCUAGUCUACACAGCCAAGGACUACCUGGGCAAUGUUCCUCUGUCGCACAAGCUGCAGCUCCCGGCCUCACCAGCCACUACGGGUAGCGUUACGUUUAUGAGCUAUUCUCCGGACGGGUAUUGCCUGUUCGCCGGUUAUGAGCAUGGUUGGACAACCUGGAGCGUUUUCGGAAAGUCCGGAGAGAGCAGCUUUACGGCAGACCGGUCUCUUGCCGACUCGAACGGCGAGAACUGGGUGACGGGCACCUCAUAUGGUUGUUGGAUUGGUGGUGGUUCUGAAAUCAUCCUUACAGGCCGUAAUGAUCGUUGCUUGUGGAUUCUGGAAACAGCACGGAGCGCUCUCACGGGUUGUUAUUCCUCUGCGAAUCUUGCUAGGGGUUUGCUGCAGACUGGGACCGAAGUCAUCCUCUAUCGUGGCCACGAUCUACCGGACCUGAUGACUAUCUCGGGGAAGGACUCGCUAUGGCAUCAUGCCCAAUAUCCCCCGAGUUACCUUCAUUCGCAGUGGCCAAUACGCUCGAGCGUUGUCUCGCAGGAUGGGAAAUACGUUGCCAUCGCGGGCAGACGAGGGCUUGCGCAUUACAGUGUCAACAGUGGCCGUUGGAAAGUGUUUGAAGAUCCUAAAAUAGAGAACUCUUUUGCGGUACGAGGCGGCAUGUGCUGGUACGGACACAUCCUCAUUGCCGCCAUUGACAAUGAUGGAUCUUACGAGCUGCGACUGUACUCGCGAGAACUGCCACUCAACAAUCAAUCCAUCCUACACAUAGAAUACCUACCUUCGCCCGUGGUCUUUGUCGGCGCAUCGGGCGAGGACUCUUUGCUCGUUUAUACCUACGAUAAUAUCCUUUAUCACUAUAUCAUUAAUUCAGCUCACUCCCGAAUAACGUUGGUGCCCGUGGGGCAGAUAGCAUUUCAUGGGAUUGUGCGCGCGCCGACCCGGGUCCGGGCAAUCAGUUGGAUUUUGCCUGAGGACCAGAUGCGGAAUGGCGACCCAUCCCAGGAUGUCAAGGUGGCAUCUGUGCUUCUCUUGGUCGAUGGCAACUUAGUCCUGCUGCAGCCAUCGUUCUCGGAGAGUGGCGAACUGAAAUACGACAUGCGAGUGGUAUCCCAUGACGUGGAGUACUAUAUCCUGAUGCGAGAUCAAUUGUCGUUUAACUUCGCUCCCGUCGACGAGUCUCUUCCGGCCAGUCCGUCGGCCGAGAUGGCCUUGAAUAUGUAUCGCAGUGACUUCUCCUUAAGGGAUUCGCUGUGGACAUUUUGUGGGAAAGAGCUCCUUGCAUGGGGCGAUGUACAGGAUGUCCUACAGCGGGAAGGUGUAUCCAGACCACUUGAAGUGCCUCUGGACUUUUACCCGCUGUCCGUCCUUCUAAACAAGGGAAUUGUGCUUGGUGUAGAAGCGGAGAUGACCCAGCGGCGCGAUGUCACAUUUUCCGUGCUCAAAUUCGCCAUUCGUACACAUCUCUUCCUGCCGUACUUCCUGCAACAUAGCCUGACACAAGGGGACAUGCCUGCCGCGCUGUCAUUGUGUCAGCAUUUCUCCCAUUUAUCCUACUUCCCGCAUGCACUCGAAAUCCUUCUUCACCACGUGUUGGACGAUGAGGUCGAUAAUCAAAGCAAGGAUAGCAAGAUUGACGACUCGGCACCGAAACACGAACCGCUGCUGCCGAUCGUGAUUUCGUUCCUACAAGCAUCGCUGCCGACCAAGGUGUAUCUGGAUGUUGUCGUGCAAUGCACCCGCAAGACGGAGCUGCGCUCGUGGCGCACCUUGUUCACAUAUCUUCCCUCGCCGAAAGACCUAUUCGAGCAGGCUCUCAAGCUCGGGUCGCUCAAGACGGCCGUGGGCUAUCUCCUGGUGCUGCAGGCGUUUGAGGACGACGCGGACGACCACGACGCGCCGAUCGAGGACUACGUGGUCCGGCUGAUGUACCUGGCAUCGAAGAAGAGCGACUGGGAUCUGUGCGCGGAACUGGCGCGGUUCCUGAUUGCGUUGGAUGAGACGGGGGAGAUGUUGCAACGGGCGGUGAGCCGCGCCGGCCUGAGGGACGGAGGGCUGCCGGGGAUGGGGAUGAAUGGGUCGAGCACGAGCGUGAAGGGGCUGGGGCUGGCGAUGCGAACGCCGUCGUGGUCCUCGUUGUCGCCGACGUCGCCGCUGUCACCGCGUCCUCCCGAGUUAGAGUGAUUUGAGAAGUAAUAUAUAAUGCUUGCUUGCGUACUUGCUUGAGCCUUUUAAAAAUCCGUGCACAUACAAGAGUGGGGAUGAACAUGGCAGUUAAAAUCAAUACAAUCCAUUAAGCUUGCUAAGCAAUGGUAUCAAGACGAGUACUAAGCAGAUAAAACCAACCAAACCAAGAAGAUAGUACUAGUUCACCGGAGGGCUUUCUUC